AUGACCUCCUUCUUCACCGAAGCCGUUCAGCGGGCAGGAGGUGAAGAUCGCCUUUGCGAUGAAUGCAGGCCCGUUGUUGCCAGCUAUGACACAGCCCUGGGCGUCGGCAAGUAUGCCCGGGGGGCCAAGCCGAGUAUCUCAACGCUUCUCGUUGAUGCUAUUGCCGAGUCGGACGCCUGUUGGCAUUGUGGGUGGCUGGCCUCCGUGGUAGUCGAGGCUUGGUGCAGCGAGCCAGUGGCAUUCGCCAUGCCACCAGACUCCAGCAUUAAGGCAUACGUCAACUGGCAUACUAUCGCUCAGCGCGAAAUGGGCACUCAGAGUGUGCCUGAGGGUUCUUCACAGAUUACCAGAAUGGCAGUCUAUUACGGUCUGGACACUCCAGAUUUCACCAAAAGACAGAUACUAUUCUCAAAGACCAGAGAGGAACCGAAGCACGUCUCAUCACUAAUGGGACAACACCAGGCGCUCAAUUGGCCUGUGAGCGAGCCUUAUGCAGGCCGAAUACGGCCAAGAGAUGUAGAUUAUCGCCUUCUCAGGCGAUGGAAAGAGUGCUGCAUCCGAGAUCAUGGAGGUACUUGCGACCAGACGUUCAUGACGAGCCGUGUCCAGUCGCUUCGCUUUGUGGAUGUCGUCGACCGAUGCAUUGUUCAGCAUUCCCCUGAUACCGUCAAAUGGGCCGCCUUGAGCUAUUGCUGGGGAGGUCCCCAGGUGCAUGCUCUUCAGACCGGGAAUAUCCAUGCUUAUCAGCAGCCAGGGGCACUGAUAGACGACCUACUACCCAAAGGCAUAGCCGAUGCCCUGAGUGUGACUCGUGCUUUGGGCGAGCGCUAUUUGUGGAUCGACAGCCUCUGCAUCAUCCAGGACGACGAGAAGGACAAGCUGGAACUUAUUGCCGCAAUGGGCACGAUCUAUGCACAAGCUGUUGUCACCAUCGUCAAUGCUGCAAACUCCCAGGUUGCACAUGGGAUGCCUGGCAUAAGCCAGCCUCGCCGAAGACAGCAGGUCCACCGCAUGAAAGAUUUCUGGCUGGUCGAGUCGAUGGAUUUGCCACACCAGAACUGGGAAGGUUAUCUCGAAAACGCUACCUGGAACACCAGAGGGUGGACAUUUCAAGAGGGCCUGCUUUCUCCACGCUGUCUCGUCAUUGGCAAAGACCAGGUUUACUGGCAGUGCAAGACCUCUUCAUGGUGCGAAGACAGCUGCUGGGAGAAUGUCCCAGGAAACAGUGUCUACAGGCAUUAUUCAGGAUCAAGAAUCCUGGGGCGGCUUACUGACUCCAGAGAAGAGGACUGGAUACAGCUAUACAGCGAUGUGCUUGGGGCAUAUCUGAAGCGAGAACUUACGUCCGAAAGCGACAGGCUCGGCGCUGUACAGGCAAUUCUCGAAGUCCUUCGCCGGGGUGAUGAGGAAGGCUACUUCUGGGGCAUGCCUAAAGGGCACAUGGAGAUGACCCUGUCCUGGGCUUCUAGUUCUCACAACAUCAGAAGAGACUGCGAUUCCAAAUAUAUGGGACCCAAUAACGAGGUUCUAUCUUCUCCGUUCCCGACGUGGUCAUGGCUUGGUUGGCAUGGCCACGCUUCAAUGCUCACGAUGGGCCGAGCCCUCAUGGGCGGCAGGCUAGGCUUGAAGUUCUAUUGCAUCAAACGAGACAGCACGCUCGAAGCACUCAACGAGACCCCAUUUUGUGGCCCUGAGCGCGACUUUUCUAACAAGGAUUAUAUGAAGACCGAAGAUCUGCACGAACAAAUUGGAUACCCCAGGGGCCUUGCGCACUCAUCGAUCAAGUAUGACGAGAGAGAGGUCACGGAGGCAGACAUUCCACAGAGCAUACUCGCAAGCAAACAGUUACCGGCGAUUCUCUGCUUUUGGACAAGCACCGCUAUCCUCGAAAUGAAGUAUGAAGGCUGGAACCACUAUCAUCAGUGUCCGGCGAUCUCUCUAGGCCAUGGCGAUGUACGUUUUUAUGGCGCCUGGGAGAAACACGGAGACUUCAAGCUGAACGGAAAGGGAAAGUUCAUCGUUGUUGGCACUCAGAGGACGCGCAUGUCCCACGGAGGCGACGUGACCGCGGAUCUGCUACUGGUGGACGAGGAUGAGGACGGGAUAUUGUAUCGACGGAAGCUCGUGACAUAUGUGCCUGAGUCCGUCUGGGACAAGCUGACCAACCGAAGAUGGGAGCUGGUGUUCCUUGCUUGA